AUGGCCUGGAAGAGGCAAAAGCUGCUUGCUCGUUUACACGAUAGGGGGUGCUCAACUCAACCUGGAUCAAAUAGUAAAUUUGACGUCUCGCUGGUUAAUGCCAAUUAUGUUGACAAAGCGCAACGAGCCGCGCAGGCACAUCUUAAAAGAGACAAUGUGGCGUUCAGAAUGGUGCUUCCUCCACCGAAUGUUACCGGCCAACUACAUCUUGGCCAUGCACUUACGGUGACUGUCGAAGAUGCGAUUGUACGGCAACAACGGCUUCUCGGGCGUUCGACUCAAUGGAUUCCGGGAUUCGACCAUGCCGGAAUUGCCACGCAAUCAGUUGUCGAAAAGAUGUUGUGGAAAGAGAAACGACUCCGCCGAAUUGAUCUUUCGCGAGAGGAAUUUGUUGAAGAAUGUAAAAAAUGGGCUAAAAGAAAUUCCAAUCAAAUAGCCGAGCAACUAAAACGAUUGGGUGCCUCUCUCGAUUGGACAAGCCAGUAUUACACAUUGGAUGAGAGAUUCUCCCGUGCCGUUAGUGAGGCAUUUUGCCGUUUACACGAGGAUGGUCUCAUUGCACGAGGAAAACAAUUUGUACAUUGGUGUCCAUCUCUUCAAACAGCCCUAUCCGACCAGGAAGUAAAUCGCGUCGAAGCAGGUCGAAUUUCUAUACCAUCAUCAAACGGAGGAACUCGAUCAAUUGAGGCUGGAGUAAUGUACAAAGUCUGUUACGGCACGAUGGAUAACAAAUGGACUGUGGAAGUGGGCACGACUCGACCCGAGACUUGUUUUGCUGAUGUGGCUCUUGCUGUACAUCCGGAUGAUCCUCGACAUGCACAUUUGAUUCACACCUUGGUUCAGCACCCUUUACUAGACAGACAAAUGCCAGUAAUCGCUGAUCGUGCUGUUCUAAUUGAUAAAGGAACUGGUAUUGUCAAACUGACACCAGAACACGAUCGUUUGGAUGCGGAUAUUGUUUCGAGACAUCUUGAUGAGAUUACAACCCUAACAAGCUCAUGUAUUAAUGAACAUGGAUUGAUAACACCGGGAACUUAUCCAAAAUUUGACGGCUUAGAUCGAUUCGAUGCGAGAAAUGAGGUUAUUAAAUUACUGCAAGACUUGAAUCGAGGCGGCACAAAGAUGAAACACGAAAAUGCGCAGGUUAUGAUUUGCUCUCGUUCCGGCGAUGUGAUAGAGCCAAGACUCAUGAAACAAUGGAAUCUCGAUGUAAAACCGCUACACUUGGCAGCACUUCAAGCUAUUGAAAGGGGAAAAUUGAAAAUCGCUCCGAUGGGCCAAACUCAGCGAGUAAUCGACUGGUUGGAAAACACGGAUCCGUGGUGUUUAAGUCGACAAUUGUACUGGGGUCAUCGAAUUCCGGCUUUCACUACGGGAGACGUCACCGAUGAAAGUGAGUGGACAAUUGCACGCGAUUCGAAUAAAGCAGCCACCACGUUAGGAUGUCACGUGGAGGAUUUGAGACAAGAGAGUGACGUUCUGGACACAUGGUUUAGCUCUUCUCUGGUGCCGCUUGUUGUCUCUGGUUGGUGCUCAAGUUCCACAUCAACAACGAUUCCUCACUUUACAAGCCCACCACUGAACAUCAUGGAAACCGGCCACGAUAUUAUUGGAUUUUGGGUUACUCGGAUGAUCGCCAUGACACUACAUUUGACAAAUGGGACGCUCCCGUUCUCUAACGUGUUCCUGCAUGGUCUCGUGCGAGAUUCAAGUGGGCGAAAGAUGAGCAAGUCGCUUGGCAAUGUUAUCGAUCCAUUGGAUGUAUUAGAUGGAAUUUCUCUUGAGCAAAUGCUGAAACGAUUGGACGAGAGUAAUUUGGAUAAACAGGAAAUAGGGCUGGCAAAAGAAGACUUACGGAAGAACUAUCCGAAUGGAAUCCCCAAAUCUGGAGCAGACGCUUUGCGGUUUGCCCUACUACGGCAUGACGUUUCUGCUACCGAUGUUCCGAUAGCCGUGUCUCAAUUAGUUGACGAGGGAUUAAGAUUUUGCAACAAACUUUGGAAUUUGACGAACUAUGUCUUGAUUUUGCACAACUCUAGUACGAGAAAUUUUACCGAUAUAUUCACCAAUGAGACAGAUUUAUGGCUUUUAUCUCGAUUACACGGUACACUCAUCGCAAUCAACGAUCAUAUGGAGAAACUGUCGCUAUCGAAUGCUUUCCUAGCUCUCUUCGAUUUUCUCAUUGGCGAUUUGUGUGAUGUUUACUUGGAAACCACGAAGAAAUACCUCUGGUCAAAGGACCAAGCAAGAAUCAACGAAGUGUGCUCUGUUUUGAACCACGUUCUUCCGAGGUCUCUUGCCCAACUCUCGAUUUUUAUGCCAUUUGCUGCGCAAGCGAUGUAUGAGCGAACAAAAACACUGAACGAUUGCGAUUUUUACGACUUUAUUUUAAAGCAAGAACCAAAUCGUGUCAAUCCUGCUCUGGAUACUCAAAUGAGAUUCACUCUGUCAAUUGUGUCAACGAUACGGUCACUGAGAGCUCAACUUAAUCUUCCGAAAACAAUUUCCUUUGAUGGGUUCCUUCGCUCAAACGAAAGUUCACCAAUCCAUCCAUUGUUUAAUGAGUUAAAUUCGUUGUGCGGUUUGCGAUUGUUACAAGAACAACCUUCAUCGUCGAAAGAAUACGUCAUUUAUCCAGUGCAUGGAUACGAUGUACAGCUCAAUAUUAAGAUCCAGGACGAACAUCGCGAGGAAUUCAAUCGACUUCUUGAAAAGCAAAACGAGCACAUAAAUCAACGAAUCGAGAAGCAAACUGAAGUGGUGAAAGGAGCGAAUCAAAUGGCCGAAAGGGAUGCAAAUGAUCCAAAAGCAAAAUCCGACAAAAAGGAGCGAAGUGCGCGUCGAGCGAAAAGCGAAAUGAUGAAACUCGAGGGAUUGAGGGCUGAAUCGAAACGACUUCAGACACUUGUCGAUAAACAGAAAAAUCUUAUCAAG